AUGGACGGAUUCUCUUUCCCACCGCCUCCUCCACCUCCACCAAAAGCAGCAUCAUCAUCACAAUCAGAAAAUCCUAACCAAUUCAACGAUCGAGGAGGUAGAGGUGGUCGGGGAGGACGAGGAAAUCGUGGCUCAUUCAGAGGUCGAGGAGGGGCGCCCCAGCGAGGUGGAGGAAAUUUCCAACAUCAAAAUACCAAUUCUAAUGGAUAUGGACAAAAUACUGGCAACUAUCAACCGAGUUAUGGCAAUCAACAGCAACAUUAUCAAGCGCCGCAGCACUAUCAAGCUCCACCUGGAUCCUACGUCAAUCCUGCAUUUGGUGGCAUGCAGGCUCAGACCUACGCACAACCUCAAAUGCCUCAAUAUGGGCAGUCAGGUGUACAUGCCGCUGGACAGAAUCAUCAACCAUCUUAUGGAAACUUAAGCUCACCGCCUGGAGGAAAACGUACACGAGAGCAGGCUUUCGGCAACUCAAACAGAGGACAUCCCAUGAAGAAACCAUCAAGCGCACCGAAAGCUCAGGUUGCACCUGCAGUCCCUAGCUUCGGUGCUCCAAUCCUUCCGCAGAAACCUCCAGCACCGAUCUCAUCAGGAGGCGGUAUAAAACAACGGCCUCCAACCGGACUUGGUCUUAUUCCACAGGACUACGGAUCACCAGAGAACUCAGAACAAGAUGAGGACGAAGAUGAAGAAGAAGUCGACGAAGAAGCCGCUUUAAGUGCUUUGCAGAACGGACCUUUGAGCUUCGAAUUCAAUGGAGAACUGUCAACACUGAGUUCUGCAGCAGAUAUUGCUGAAUGGAUCGAAGAGCGCAAGAAACGCUGGCCAAGCAAACGCAGAGUGGAGGAGAAAGAGUUAGAGAUCCAAUCACGUAUGGAAGAGCGCAGACGUAUUGAGCAAGAAACUCGAGCGGCUAUUGCUAGUGCUUCGGGAGGCGAGUAUCAGCCUGUGGAGAGAAGGGACGAUCGUACGCAGAGACAGAUGAGAAAGCCUGCUACCGACAGACAAGCAAGACACAACGAAGAGUCUACACUCGAAGAUACGCAGAAAGAGCUCGCACUUCAGAUGCAGAAAGUGGAAGAGCUACAGAAAUUGUUGGCUGAGAAGGGGCAAGAACCCGCUGAAACAGCUGGAGAAGAUGUUGACGCGAGAGAACAACACGAGCAAGCAGCACCGACGGACAACAUGGAAAUUGAUCAAUCUCUCCAGGGUUCAAACCAAGAUGCCCCUGCGGACGACCGACACCUCUCAGAUUCGGACAGCGACGCACCACCAGAAGAAACAUCCUCGAAACUAUCACAACCAAUCCGUGUUCCACCACCUACCGCCAGCUCCAAGGGUCAGCCAAAACAGCAACAACCUGAUGCCAAGCAAUGCAUCAGCUUUCUAAACCAAGGACGAUGCAAAUUUGGAAACAAGUGUAGAUACAAGCACGAUGCGUCUUCUGGGCAGGACAAGGGAAAAAGGAAGACGUUGUACCAGAGACUUGUUGAGCAAGAGAUGGACGAGGAGAAUAAGCUUGCAUUGCAGGCUAUCAAAUAUCUUGGUGGUGUUGGGUUCUUCUCUAUGCAUGCGGCUUCUACUUGA